GCUUGACUUUGGAGUUUAUCACACAAUCCACUGAUAAGAGAAGAAAAGCUAAGUGUUUUUUCUCCUCUCUUUUUUCUCUCACUUCACCCUCCCGAGGCCCACUUUCUGUCUCUCACGUUGGAAAGCUGUGGAGAGGAAGUAAAAGGUGCAGAGGUCAGGAGGGAGUGUUGUAAGGUUCGAAGUUAGAAUGAAUGACCCAUAUCAGAGUAAUGACAUGGGAUGAGAUCUGACAAUGUGACCUAACACAAGGCAUGAUCAGUGAGUCAACGUUAUACCGGUAAUGUUCAUUUCAGUACUUUAUAUUGUUGCCAGUGACGUAUAACUAAACCUUGACAUACAGCAGGUGUUGAAACUACACAUAGUUUCAGGAUUACUCAUCAAGCAUUAUCAGAGUUUAGAAAAUGGGAGGAUUAGGGAGUCAAGAAAAACAUUAAAAGUUGGGAAAUUACUGUGGAAAAAAAUAAAUAAAUGAAAAGGCCCUUAUUAGUAGCUGUGGUACCUGUCUGUAUUCAAGCUGUCAAAGUUUUGUUGAGGGAAAUAGGUGUAGUAUCUGGCUGGGAAAACUUCCAAAAGUUGGGAAAGGCUUAGCUGAUCCUUACAAGGGGAAAGUGAUAUGUGGGUGUGUGGUUUCAGGUUAAUGACUAAUGGAGUGCACUGAGGUCAAAGUCCACACAAGCAGUCAAGAGCCAGAAACUGUGUUACUGCCUAUAAAUCUGUGUUCUUGUAUUUGUUGAAAGCAAACUGCGUCUCUGUGUUUGUCUAACAAGGUUUGGACAUUACAGGGUUCUAAUGAGGUUCUAGGUAUUCUUUAUUUUCCUAAUUUCAGGGAAGAGUUGUGGUAUGUUAAUCUGGCUGAUGAUUUUAUUGUAGAAUUGUCUUUUUCUUUCUUUCUUUGCUUCCCUGAACCUGCUAUUCAUGAGCACACCAUCUUCAGGUCGGAAGACCCCAGUGGACUACGGUGUCCAGAUCCGCUUCAUCGAUGACAUUUGCGACACUGGUGGGGGGCAGCCCGGGUCCCAGCCCAAGCCCAAGCCCAAGACCAAGACUCAGACAACCUCCAAAUACGGUGUGGCUGUCAGGGUGCAGGGUAUUGCUGGCCAGCCAUAUGUGGUCCUGAAGGACGGAGAGAAAGGAGACUCAUAUGGGGUCCAGCUCAGGACCCAGUACCCCUCUGGUUACAGCAGCCUUCCCCGGAGGAGAGAGAAGGCAGAGCCAGGAAUACAGGGGCCAGAUGUAGGAGGAGGAGGAGGAAGCGGGCAGGGAGGUGCUCUACGCCGGGCCCAGUCCCAUGGCUCGCUGCUGGACAGAGAUGGGGAGGGAGGGGCAGGCAAUGAGGAUUUUCAGCUGUCUAGGCCACCAGGGGAUGGGAAGUCUGGUAGUUAUGGGAAUCUGGAUGGAGGAAUUGGGGUAAGGGGGGAGAGGGAGCAGGUUCGGCAUGUUGGUGGUAGAGAGGGGGACACGGAAAGGAAUAUGUGGGAGGGUUCAUACACAGCAGGACUCAACGGGUCAGUGAGGAGCAGUCAGUCCUACCCUGAUUCUCCUCAACAAACAAAUGAGCUUCACUCUAAUAAGAGACUGACUCCUGUCAACAGACUAAUAAACAGGUUUGAUGGUGGUAACUCUGGAGGCCAACAUGGAGGACUCCCUCCUGUAGAUCCCAGAGCUCAAUCUCCUCUCCUCACCCCCAACCCCUACACCUCACCCCCGUCCUCAGCGCCCAGCAGCUUAGGACACAGCCAGGCCGCUGUCACCAAAUCUCCUGGACACUCCGCUAAUCAGUGGACUCCGCCAAAAUAUGCUGCUGUGGAAACGCCGCAGGCUAUUCUGACUGAGGCACAAGUGACUCCUGACCUUUUGCUGGACCAGGGUCAGAGUGCAGAGAUGACCAGCGAGGAGGAGCAGGUCAUGCAGACUAUAUACAACAUCCUGAGACAAGGGACCAACGAGAGUGAUGUUAUCAUAAAGCACAAAGUGAAGGUCAUCUUUCAGAAGAUUCAGAAUCUAAAGCCCAAAGAAAGACCUCAGGAAGAGUGGAUGAGAGAAAAGAGGGCGCUUGAAAGAAAGAUGGUUGACCUACAAACUGCACUGCAAGAGGAAAGAAGGGACUCUGUUAGCAAUUCUGAUCCCACUCUGAAAGCUGAGCUGGAGACCUGUCUGGAUGAAAAUCUGCAGCUUCAGGAGAUGCUGGACCGGAAGAAGAAAGAAUUAAAUGAAACACAAUCAGAGCUGACUCAGCUUCGUAUGGAUAGGGAGAACGCAGAGGCACGGGUCAGAGAAAUGGAGGACCAGCUGGCUGAGCUUCAGGAUGAAAUGAGAAGAGAGAAUGGCAGCAAGACGGAUCUGAUGUCUUGUCAGGUGCAGCUGAUGGAGGUAUGCCAACUGAAACAGAAGCUGGAGGAGACACUAAGACAAAGAGAGCGGGAGCUAACUGCUCUCAAAGGAGCUCUGAAGGAAGAGGUGGCCACACAUGACAAAGAGAUCGAGGUGCUCCGGGAGCAGUACAGUGUUGACAUGGAGAAGCUCCGCAGCAGUAUGGAGCAUGUGUCUCAGUCUCAUGCAGGGAUCGAGGCAGAGCGGCUGCGUGUAAAUGCAACGGUUCGCUCCCUACAGCAGCAGCUGGAAGACUGUAGAGAUGAAAGCAGCCACUGGAUGGAGCAGUUUCACGCCACUAGAGAUGAACUUAGAACAACUAAACAAGAAGAGCCACCCAGCAACCGUGAAAAACAACUCCUGCAAACUCGUCUGGAAAAAGAGGAGUUUGAGGAAGAACUAAAAGAGCUUCAGGGGAAAGUGAGCACCAUGAAACAACAGAUACCGGACCCCGGCCACACUCAGACUCUCAACCAGGAACUUCAGCGAUACAAUGCUGAUCUACAGAAGGCAAAGUCUGAGGUGGAGAAGCAGAGGUUGGAGUUUGACAAGAAGGUCAUGGAAAUCAUCUCCAUAAAGAAAUCUCACCAGAACCAGGAGGCAGAACUGAAGUAUGAGAUUGACAGGCUAAAGGAUCAGUUGCAGAGGGCCAAAGACGAUUUUGCCCGGUCACAGGAGAAAAACAAACGGCUCCCAGACCCAGCCGUCAUCACAGAGCUGGAGCAAAAGCUUGAUGAGACAUGUAGGGAGGCUAGCCAGCUCAAAGAGAAACUCUCAUUAGCUGAGGAGGAACUGGAAGCCAGUAAAACACGUCUCAAUAAAGCUCAGAUAGACGUUAAAUCACUCCAAGACGGCCAGCAGGAGCAGGAGGAGGCAAACGCACGUCUCAAAGAGAAACUCUCACGGUUAGAGGCUCAGCUGCAGAACAACGCCACAGAGAGCUCCGAGGCAGAGCUUGCCCUCCACACCGAGGUGAGAGGGCUGAGAUCUGAGCUAGAUGAGGCGAAGCGAAAAGCUUCCAGACUGAGCCAGGAGCACCGUGAAUUAAACCUGCGUCUGGAGGAUACGGAGAAAGACAAAGAGACACUCAAACAGACCUUCAACCAGCUGGAUGAGAUCAAACGACAGCAGGAGAGAGCUCUGGAGAAAAUCAAUAAAGAGUAUGAGUCUCUGGCCAUAUCCUCAAGAGAGGAGGUGCAGGCUCUCAGGAUUCAGGUGGAGGAGCAGAGAGAGCGGGCACGCAAGGAAAUGCACGAGGCGCAACGCCACGGAAACGACGCUCAGAGUGAACUGGAAAGAAGCCAUAUAAAUCUGAAGAGACUGGAAGAAGAAAUGUCACGACAGAAGAAGGAGCUUCUGGUUGCCUGUGAGGAAAGAGACAACCACCAGCUGGAUAAAGAGCUUCUCACCAACAGACUGCGCCACCUUGAGGGAGAGAUAGAGACCAGCAAAAACAGUCUUAAUGAGAAAACCCGGGAGAUUCGCAUCCUGGAGGAUAAGCUGAAGCGUGUGGAGUUGGAGCUGGAGGAGGAGAAAAGCAGUGUGGAGAUGAUGACAGACCGAGUGGCUAGGAGCAGAGACCAGAUCGAUCAAUUGCGCUCUGAGCUCAUGCAGGAGAGAUCCACCAAACAGGACCUGGAGCUGGACAAGAACGCCAUGGAGAGACAUCUGAAGGAGCUGAGGAGUCGUGUGGCUGACAUGGAGGGCCAGUCUCGCUCCUCAGCCGGAGUGUCCCAGCUGGAGAAUAAGAUCCAGGAUCUGGAAGAACGCCUACGAAGUGAGGAAAGGGAGAAGAACUCCGUUUUGGCAUCUCAACGACGUCUGGAGAGGAAACUAAAAGAACUCAACAUGACUUUGGAUGAGGAGAGACAUACGCACACUGAACAGAGAGACCAGCUUGCUCUUAGAGUGAAAGCUCUAAAAAGGCAGGUGGACGAAGGAGAGACUGAGCUGGAAAGGAUAGAUGGACAGAGGAGAAAGGCUCAGAGAGACAUGGAGGAACAGAUGGAGCUCAAAGAGGCCUUGCAGACCAGAGUCACAGCACUUGAAACUGAACUCAAGAGAAAAACACAUGCAGCAAUGCGCCCAGUUUUGGAUUCGUCAGCCCUCAGCUCCGAUGAUGACGACAGCCUGUUUGACCCCUCCUCCAUCACCUCCAUCCUAACUGAGAGCAACCUCCAGACCAGCUCCUGUUAAAACAGCACUUCUGGGACAGGGAAAGGGUGGGAAAACGUAGCACUGUUUAUGAAAAAAAUCAUGGAAGUGUUAGCUGGUUAGCUACUUUGUAGACUGGGAGAAAAGCCAAAAGGCCAAAUCAUUCCCCAACUCAAAAAAUUGAGUAGGGGAAUGAUUUUCCACACAAGAGUGAAUUGAAGGAAAUAGAGCAUCCUCUGCAUUUCAUGGAAUUUCCCUCAGUCUACAGUGUACACCGACAUACUCCGUGGUACAGUUGGAAGGACUCCUUCGCAUUUAUGCAAUACACUACACAAGGUACUCCAGCAUUUAUUAACUCACUAAGUCGGUAAAUGGAUUGCAAGGAGAGAAAUUAAGCUAGAAGCACAGAAAAAAACAUGAAUAGAAAAUACCUCUUGAAUUUUUUGGUACAUAUUUAGUAUGUCAAACCAUUUCAGGGUUGAAACUCUGGGUCUCACACUUAUGGUACAGAGUCUGGCUUUUGACUGAAUUAUCAACAAUACUAAUUUCUUGGUGUAGACAGUUUACCUGCUGGACAUAAGUUAUGUUCUGUGCUGUCAACACACAGCUGUCAACUGACUGAACUCACAAACUCUGCACCCCCAGCAUUCAACUACUACAGAACACGGACCAAACACUGACAUUUAAGUGAUUGAAGUGAGCCAUAAAACACUAUGAUUCUUAUGCUAGUUUGCUUUUCCGAACCAAAUCUGAUGGUUGUAGUUCUGCAAAUGAUUCUUAUUGAAUGAAAUCUGGAGUUUGUUUACGUAAAAGAAAAUAUAUUAUCUUGUGUUUUUUUUAAGUAUGGAAUAUGUCAUUUUGGUGCUUGAGGAUCAUUUGGAGCAGGAGUUUUAUUCCACCGUCCAGUCUUUAAAGUCACACAGUACACAGUAGUUUGAAUUAUUAUUAUUAUUAUUAUUAUUAUUAUUAUUAUUAUUAUUCAUUAUAAAGUAUGACACUAGUAGCACCUGAAAUCAAUUCUCUUGGAGAGGGACCCAAUGGUAAAUACUAUAAAUGUGAUAGAAACCUCAUGUUGGUGUAAAAGUUUAGAUUAGCUUUGUUGUUGCUCAACGACAGAGAAGGCUCACAAAAUAACUUUCCUUUGUCAGAAUAUCACAUUCUGUUAAAAAAAAGUGUUUUGUCACUUUUAAAGCAAAAUAAUUGCCAAAAUAUCUUCCUGUCUGAUUUAAACUGUCCAUGUUUAUUUGUAAAAGCUGCACAAUUUCUAUGCAUUCCUUUAUAACAAGUCACUGAAAUAUAUUCUCAUCAUUUCAUCACAAUGCCUUAAAAUUGUUAAAAAUAAUUUUGUAAUUGACUUGUAAGUCUUAUAUGAAUGAUUUUUGUAAAGUGUUUGUAUUUAACAUUUGUAGAUUCUUUUGAUUGUUGAAACUGUGUACAAAAAUCAAUCAGUUGGCGCUAUAAUUGUAUUGACAUUACUGCGAUGUAAUGUCUCUCAGUAUCUUUUCAGUGGAACUGGAAGAUGGUACUAAAUACGAUCUGUUAGAGUAUAAAGGUUACUGGUAUAUACUGUAAUUGUGACAGGAAGAAAAUGUACACUGUGACUGUACUUCACAAAAUAUCUUUUUCUAUUACAUAUAAAUUUAGCAGCAAUAAAGCUAUUAAGUUAAAUUCA